GGCAAUGACGUGAACCGAUGCUUGCAAAGCUUCGAUUCUCUCGAUGCACGGUGUCGGAGUUUACGAGCUCUGAACUGCAAAUGUUGCAGUUACACUUGGCAGUCCAGCCGAACGAUCUCCCGCUUUCAGCGAUAAAUCAUAGGUGUGCUGAUAAAGCAUCUCUAAUGGGUGAUUCUGUUUGCCUCCGCUCUGCCAGGAAUGUAGUGUGUUAGCUUCAUCAACCCGCCAUUACAAACUCCUCAUCUUCCAGCUUCAGCGUCUCGCUGAGUGUGCUGUUACUGUGUUUUUGAGAAGUGGGUGUAUGUGGUGAGCAGCAGUCGCUGUAGCUAUGAACGCAGUUCCGGGGCCGAGCUUCUCUUCGCGGUCGUUUUGGACCGGAGUUACAAGUUUUGUAAAGAAUGGGGGGGUUCCCCAGCGAUGGAGAGCGGCGGCUGGUGCGGGAGCUGGGGUUGUUGGCCUGGGGCUAGCAUUGACAAGACCCGAGGUCGCCCCACAUAGGAAAUUGGCUGCUGAGGAGUUGUGGAGGGGUUUGAGUUCGUGGAAGUGUGAUGUGUCGCGUUUUGCGUCUAUUGCUUGGGCAGAGCCCGUGGAGGAGGUUGUGGAGCCAAGCACUGGAAUGACGUUCCCAAGUGUUGUGGAGGAGGGUCGGUUAUUCACUGGUACCGGAUUACGGAAGAAAAGCAUAUUAGGAUUGAAGAAAAUCACUGUGUAUGCCUACGGCGUGUAUGUCGACCCAGCAAGUCUGAAAUCCCAGCUAGGGAACAAGUAUAGCAGUGAAAAUCCUGAGGAACUGAAGAAGAACGAAGAAUUUUAUGACGAUGUGAUGGUAAGCGAUGUGGGUCUCACAGUCCGGCUCGUCAUUGUGUACGGGAGUUUGAAGAUCGGAAGUGUGCGGGGCGCAUUUGAAGAGUCUGUAGGCAGUCGAAUCAAAAAGUUCGGAGGCGCUGCGAACAUCGAACUUCUUCAAAGGUUCACUGGCGCGUUCACUGAUGACAUCAAGCUGCCAAAAGGCACGAUCAUUGACCUUACUCGACUUCCCGGAAACGUCCUCCAGACGAAAAUUGAUGGGACCGAAGUUGGUUCUGUGCAAAGCUCCCUGCUAUGCCGGUCGCUUUUUGAUCUCUACAUUGGCGAUGAUCCCUUCGACAAGGAAGCGAAGAAGCUAAUCGGUCAAAAUCUGGCUUCUUUGCUUUGUUGACAGUAAUAGUGGAAUAAAGCCUCAGGUCAGAUCCUUAUAGUUGCAAUCUUAAGUUCAGCAGCUGGAUUUUUCUAACAGUCAAAAAAUCACUUCUCGAUGAAAGAAAGUUAUUAGCAUUUCAAAUUUGAUUUGGCUUAUGUGAAACUCACGUUUUGAAGAGCGAUCUGCUGCCGAGUAACUUGGUGAUAGUAUACAACAUCCCUCUAAACACGCGAGAGACCUAUUCAUGUCCUCUACUGUACAGCAUUGCGGAUGUCGAUAAUAUCAUCUAGCAACUUGUAAUAGAUAACUUGAUUGUGACACUCAUCAAAGAUGCAUUAGUGUCACCAGUGGUCAGUUUUCUGUUGGCGUUCAUGUUCUUUUGUUACGUGUACAUACAUGUACACACGUCAGCAAAAAGUUCUGGAAUUGCAUGGAAAUACGAUUCUAGCCUGGAGCCCGACUCCAGUGGUGCGGCGGUUGGUCAACGGCAAACGUUAGUUCUCUGUUCCGGGUUGCUGAUCGUUGCUUUUCUUGGCGGUGUGGUACUACGUUCCCCCGUUGCUUUGUGUUUUGUGUUGGUGCUGGUGUUACUGGUGGCCGAGGAAAUCUGGAUUUAGCGUUAUUGUUCCGGUGUGAGAGCUGCUCGUCUUCGACGGUGGUCAUCACCAACCACUAUUCCGUGCUGUUGGUCGAGACAAGCGGCGAGGCUGCUGGCCUAGUCAUGGAACAACUGGGGUUUUUUUUGGUGCUGCGUCGGUGGUGGUGUCGCUGCGGAAAGGCUAGCUAUCUCAGUGUGUGGUGCUAGAGCUACGGGAAGGUGCAGAAUCUUUGUAGUCUUCUUCCGUUGGAAGUGGACUUGAGGUGUGUGAAGCGAGCGUGAAGGUAGUGAUCGACGUAUUCCAGUUGCUGUCGACGACCUUGUUAAGUUGCUGCGCUAAUCUUCACUGGCUCAGCUUCGGAUUGUAUUGCGCGUGGACUAGAAGCUCGAGAUCUUGUGACGUGGUGGCAUUCUGGAUUUACCCUCUCUUGCGUUUCGUUGGAGCGGCGUUUUCGUUGGGGCACGGCGGCUGUAGCCGCGGUUACCAUUCGGCAUCGAUUUUUUUAUUUUAUUUUAUUUUAUUUUUGGAGGUGUAGGGUGGUUCCAAUCUGAGGCUGUAGAGGAGCCGGUGGUUAGACGACUUGCGGUGGUGUUGCAUUUGCUCGUCCAGGUUCUGUCAUUUCUGGUCCUGCGAUUGGCGACGGCAUCGAGCUCAUGGUGAAGUCUUCCUCAAGCAGGGGUUGCGACGUUAUUUUUGUUGUGUUCUCUCACUGCGAGGAGUGUUUCCGUAUCCGUUUUUCCCCUCGGCAUUGGUUCUUGUCGCUGUAUAACGGCGGCUGGUCUUUCCUUGCGGCAAAAGGUUUGGUGGCGUCGACUGUCGACGGCUCUGGAGUUCGAAUCGUUCGAUCAUCCGAAGCGUUUUCUGCCCACUUGGGGCUUGGCACUGUUGUUGGCAGUCAGAAUCGAGAGCAGUCUUCUUCAUUGCCUCUGUAGAGCACGAACCGGAUCUGUGCUCCGCCAUCGUCAAAUAUUCAUCUAUCGGCUUUGUUUUUGUUUUGUUUAAGACUGGAUUUGCUUAAUUUGGUGACCUGCGGCAUUGGCUAUACGUGUUGCAGUGCCCUAGUUGUCGUUGCAGGGACGUAGUCGGAAGGUUGGAGCAGAUCCGAGGUUGAGAGGAUUGUGUGAGUGUGAAGAUUGGUGCGGGGGUUCGGAAGAGUGAACAACUUGGAUCAUUAAUCGUCGACGAGCAAAUUCAUGAUCUUGCAGCUAGACAACGGCGGAUGUUCCAACCAUUUACACUUCACGUUAUCAUCUGUUAUAUCAUGUGUUUGAUCGCCGUGCUGCGCAUCAUAACGUCGACUUUGCUAUUGGGUAUUCUUGUUGCUCUGCGGCAACUUCUAGUGUUCGGCUCGUUGUCUACAUCUCCAGAUUUGUAUGGACACGGCAGAGGCGAAUCCACAAGUAGAACGUAGUCGACCGCAACCCAAGUUGGUGGCCUGUAUGGAUCUGCGAUUUUCAAGUGCCUAGCAGAAAGAAUUAAGUAGAAUAGAAGGUACUCUAGAAUAGAAUAGAUGUGUUGAAGGAAUCUCUAGAGAAGAAUCUUAGUAAUCCUCAUACUAUAGCCACUCCUCGGCAAAUUGGCUGAGGCAGUUGUGCAAGGACCGCACAUUGUGGCGUCUAUAGGAAUAAUCUGGAGAGCGUGCUGCAGCUGCUCCAAUUGUUGAUAUCUUACGCUACAAUUCACAAGAUCACCUCAAAUUUCAA